ACAAAUACACUUGCUAGAAUGUGACUGCAAUCAUCAAGAACUGCCACGAAAGUAAGGGAAAUUAUUGGUUCUUUGGUUGAUAAAGAGUAGAAAGCAGACUGAUACCGACUGUUACCGACUGCCAUAAAGAGUAGAAAGCAGACUGAUACCGACUGCCACGAAAAAAGGCUUUACAUAGAUUUGUUCACUAUUUGGGUUCUCCAGCCUAGCUCUCCUGUCGACCUGUAAUAGCCGAAGCUAAUGGAGUUCUAUUUCUUCGAGAUAUCGUUGGCGAUUGUUGCAGUAAUUAUGACAUGGAUGGGUUGCAAGGCCAUUAAGGGGAUAUGGACUCAAGUAAAGCGUCGGAUAAGUUACAUGGUCGGAAAGUCACAGAAUAAUCAAGGAGUGGUUAACUUGAAUGCCUCUGAAUCUCUUGCUUCAUCAUCAGAACCUCGUUGCUGGAAGUAUGAUGUGUUUUUGAGUUUCAGGGGUCCUGACACUCGCAAAGGGAUUACAGCCCAAAUACGCGAUCGACUUUGUAGAAGUGGCAUUAUAACGUUCAUGGAUGAACCAGAUCUUAGAGUAGGGGAUACUAUUUCGCCCACCCUCAUAAAGGCAAUUAAAGAGUCGAGGUUUGCAAUUAUAAUUCUCUCGCAAAAUUACACUUCUUCUGCUUGGUGUUUGGAGGAACUUCGAGAGAUUUGUCUAUCCAUGGAAGAGAGCAGAAUUUUGCCACUUUUUUUGAACUUGAUCCUACUGAUGUUCGAUUUCAGAAGAACAGUUUCAAAGAAGCUUUCUCUAAGCACAAAACCUCUAAGCGACAUGAAUCAGAGAAGGUGAAUCAAUGGAGGGCAGCCUUAAGCAAAGUGGCCAAUAUCUCAGGGUGGAAUAACAAAU